AUGACUUUCUAUGUGGCCUCUCUGGCUCUGAAGCUAAUUUGGAUGCUGAGUAGCCCCACAGGUCCCUCCAGCUACAAGGUGGGCACCAUGUCCGAGAAGUUCGACUGUCACUACUGCAGGGACCCCUUGCAGGGGAAGAAGUACGUGCAGAAGGAUGGCCACCACUGCUGCCUGAAGUGCUUUGACAAGUUCUGUGCCAACACCUGCGUGGAAUGCCGCAAGCCCAUCAGUGCUGAUGCCAAGGAGGUGCACUAUAAGAAUCGCUACUGGCAUGACACCUGCUUCCGUUGUGCCAAGUGCCUUCACCCCUUGGCCAGCGAGACCUUUGUGUCCAAGGAUGGCAAGAUCCUCUGCAACAAGUGUGCCACUCGGGAGGACUCCCCCAGGUGCAAAGGGUGCUUCAAGGCCAUUGUGGCAGGAGACCAGAACGUGGAGUACAAGGGCACCAUCUGGCAUAAAGAUUGCUUCACCUGCAGCAACUGCAAGCAAGUCAUUGGGACCGGAAGCUUCUUCCCUAAAGGGGAGGACUUCUACUGUGUGACUUGCCAUGAGACCAAGUUUGCCAAGCAUUGCGUGAAAUGCAACAAGGCCAUCACAUCUGGAGGAAUCACUUUCCAGGAUCAGCCCUGGCAUGCCGAGUGCUUUGUGUGUGUUACCUGCUCUAAGAAGCUGGCUGGGCAGCGUUUCACCGCUGUGGAGGACCAGUAUUACUGCGUGGAUUGCUACAAGAACUUUGUGGCCAAGAAGUGUGCUGGAUGCAAGAACCCCAUCACUGGGUUUGGUAAAGGCUCCAGUGUGGUGGCCUAUGAAGGACAAUCCUGGCACGACUACUGCUUCCACUGCAAAAAAUGCUCCGUGAAUCUGGCCAACAAGCGCUUUGUGUUUCAUAAUGAGCAGGUGUACUGCCCCGACUGUGCCAAAAAGCUGUAACGUGACAGGGGCUCCUGUCCUGUAAAAUGGUGUUUGAACCAUGCUUUUGUGUCCUUUGCUCACUCCCUCUGUACCAUCCAUAGGGGAAGAGUGGGUUUUCACCUCUAAAGUUGCUCUUUCUCUCUUUUCUCCCAUUUUACAGUAUUAAUCAACCAAGGGCACGCAGUGAUCAUAUUAAGAUUUAGCAAAGAACAACCUUGCAGCAAAAAUAAUUUCUCUCUUGCUGCAAUGGAAAUAAACAAAAACUUAGAUUGACUCUUCUGCAUGUUUCUCAUAGAGCAGAAAAGUGCUAACCAUGUAGCCACUUCAUGAUGUAAACAAGAAGCAUAGGCGAUAAGGCUCCCACUGAGAUGCCAUUCAGGGCUCAUCUGAGACCCAUUGUGCAGUCACGUGACUGAUGUGCAAGAGUUGUAGCGGCUGCUCCAACUCACUGCUCACCAUCUUCUGUGAGCAGUAAAAGAACUUGCCAGAAUGCAUGGUUUAACUUCAUCAGAGCUCUAAUCUUCCUUCUGUUCUUUUGUGCUUUCACACGACUAACACAAAUUUCCCAAGAAUUAACGUUGUGAACUUAGCUGUAACUAUCCACUGACUUUACCCCCAUACUAACGUUUGACUCCCCCACAUGGCAUGUUCUCUGAGCGUUCCUACUUUAAAGCAUGGAACACACAGGUGAUUUGGAAAGUGCAAGCACAUCUGAGAAAACGAGCCUGUUUCAGAGCAGCAUCGUCACAGUGAUUACUUCUGGAAGCUUAACAAAACUAACCCUCCUGUCCUUUUUAAUUUUUAAAAAAAUUUUGUUUUAAUUAAUAGUAAAAAUAGUUUAUGGGUUUGGAAACUUGCAUGACAAUAUUUGAGCCUCCUCAGACGUUCCUGCAGUUUUGAGAUUCAUCCUAUAGAAGAGACAAAAACUCUAGAGAGGCAACUGAGCAGGCACAGGGCUGUCAUCAACAAGAAUGUGACAUUUCAAAUCUGUGACAAGUGGAAUCCCUUGUAACAUAGUUGUCUGCUCUUUGUCUGUGUUCAAGAAGACUGCAAUGUCUCUUUCCUUGUGAUUCUUAGAAUUUCCCUCAAGAGUUUAGCUGGGUCUCGGGGCUUUUGGGGGUGGCCAGCAUCCUUCACAGGCAGGGCUGGUUUUCCACCUCCUGCUCCUCUGAAAUGCAGGAUACCUGUGUAACUGUAUUCUCCAUUAUGAUAUUACAUAUAUAACGAGACAAUAUCAAAGUAAACAUGUAAUGAAAAUACAUACUCAUAUAUUACUGUAGCAGUGGUUGUAGAUGCCAACACCUCAUUUCCACAUUUUGUCAUUAGCUGUUUCCAUCUAACGUUUCAGUGUAUCCUUACAAAAAUAAAGCUGCAUAGAAAGA